UAUAAAUGAUCCAUUCAGAUGAAAGCAGUGGUGAUCACUUCUCUCCUAAUUCUUAGUAUGAACCUUGACUAUUUUAGAAACAAUAAUAAUAAUAAUUCAGGUCUUAAAGAUAAUGGAAAGAAAUAUGCAGUAAUUGAUCAUUAGAUCAGAGUAUAAUUACUAAAACGUAUUCUUUCAAAAGAAGCAACAAUUAAAGAGGCUGCUAAAGAAUUUGGAGUCAAUUUCAGUACAGCUAAGGCCAUCUUAUAAACUUAUAGAAAAGAAGGAAGAAUUGGAAAAAAGAAAACUAGAGACAGAAACAAAAAAAAGAAAGAUGAUUCAGAUUAUCAUUAUACUUAUACAAGAAAAGUCUAAUCAAUGUAUGAUUUAGAAAGAGAAGCUCCUUAACAUAGAAGAACAUUUUCACCUGAUUUGAGGGUUUAUUUAUUCAAAAUAAUUAUUUUAGCCUGCAGAUAGGAGUAUUAAUUAGCAUCCAUUAAUUGUUUAAUAAUAAUUAAACUUUUUAAAUUCUUAAAGUCAAGUAGGUUCCACUCCAAAUUUAGAUGAACCAAAUGCAUAAAUGGCUUUAGCAAUCUGUUAAAGAGAAUUAGCUUAAUAAAAAAUGAUUAAUAUGCAAUUAUUAUUGAUGCUUCAAGUAUUCAUAUAUAUCUAUACUCUAGACUUAUCAAAAUUAAGGUUAAUAACUAUAAAUAGAAUAAGUCAAAGUUGAAUCUGAUAAACAAAAUUGA